AUGGCGAUGAUGCAGUGGUGCGGCGCAGUAGCAAGGCGGGUGCUGAUGACGGAGCAGCGUGCCCUUUUCACAACAACCUCAUCAUCAUCUUCUUCAGCAGUAGCAGCAGCGGCGAGAAUGAGUUCUAUUGGGGCGCCGAUCGUGUGUGGACGAGGGGACAAGAAGACGAAGAAAGGAAAGCGAUUCAAAGGGUCGUACGGAAACGCUCGACCGAAGAAGGAGAAGAAGAUAGAGCGCAUCAAGGACAAGGUUGAGGUGCCCAGGUCCACUCCUUGGCCUCUUCCUUUCAAGCUCAUCUAA